ACUUCCUGUCUUUGGGCCAGGUUUGCCCUGCGUGGAGAAGAUCUUGCAAUGCCUACCGGAGACUUUGAUUCGAAGCCCAGUUGGGCCGACCAGGUGGAGGAGGAGGGAGAGGACGGCCCUGCCCCGCGCCAUCCGUUUCCGGGCCAGCCUGUCUCCAACUUCAGAUGUUCACUGGGGAGUCCCUCUUCCUUCCAUGCCACCGCCCGGGUCCUUGACAAAUGCGUCACCAGUGAGCUCCUCAAGGGCAUCCCUCUGGCCACCGGGGAUACCAGCCCAGAACCUGAGCUAGUGCCAGGAGCUCCACUGCCACCUCCUAAGGAGGUCAUCAAUGGAAACAUUAAGACUGUGACUGAGUAUAAGAUAGAUGAGGAUGGCAAGAAGUUUAAGAUUGUCCGCACCUUCAGAAUCGAGACCCGGAAGGCCUCAAAGGCUGUUGCAAGGAGGAAGAACUGGAAGAAGUUUGGGAACUCAGAGUUUGACCCGCCAGGGCCCAAUGUGGCCACCACCACAGUCAGCGAUGAUGUGUCCAUGACGUUCAUCACCAGCAAAGAGGAUCUGAACUGUCAGGAAGAGGAGGACCCAAUGAACAAGCUCAAGGGCCAGAAGAUUGUGUCCUGCCGAAUCUGCAAGGGCGACCACUGGACCACCCGCUGCCCCUACAAGGACACGCUGGGGCCCAUGCAGAAGGAGCUGGCCGAGCAGCUGGGCCUGUCCACUGGCGAGAAGGAGAAGCUGCCUGGAGAGCUGGAGCCCGUGCAGACCACUCAGAACAAGACGGGGAAGUAUGUACCUCCGAGCCUGCGGGAUGGGGCCAGCCGCCGCGGCGAGUCCAUGCAGCCCAAUCGCAGAGCCGAUGACAACGCCACCAUCCGCGUCACCAACCUGUCAGAGGACACUCGUGAGACAGACCUGCAGGAGCUCUUCCGGCCCUUUGGCUCCAUUUCCCGCAUCUACUUGGCAAAGGACAAGACCACUGGCCAGUCCAAGGGCUUUGCCUUCAUCAGCUUCCACCGCCGCGAGGAUGCUGCCCGCGCCAUUGCCGGGGUGUCGGGCUUUGGCUAUGACCACCUCAUCCUCAACGUCGAGUGGGCCAAGCCAUCAACCAACUAAACCAGCUGCCGCUGCUCGGCCCCCAACCCCGGGAUCCUUCAGUGACAGAAGGCAGCCUCUGGGAGCAGGGGGCUCCAAGGGCAAUAAAGAGUCUCCAGUCA